AUGCUGCGCCGCUUCACAGCAGUAUGGCGUUAUGCGGCAAACGGUGGUAGCUGGAAGAGGAAACGUUCUAGCUUGGCGCGGUGCACAGUCAUUCGCUCUCGUAUGCCUUCUAUUGAUCCCUCUUCCGCUUCCCUUUCUUCGCUUGGCGGCAGCAUUAACCACGGCGAACUCACAAAGUCUUUUUCUAACUCCGAAACAGCAAAAGUAACAAACAAAGGUGAAAUGACUGAUAACAAGGGAACCAUUGGCAAAGGUCCACUUCAAAACUUUGACGAUGAGCUAAACUUUCCAAAAAUGGAGGAGGAGGUCCUGGAGCUCUGGGAAAGGGUGGACGCGUUUCGUGAAUCUUUUAAGCAGUCCGAGGGAAAAAAACGCUACACCUUUUACGAUGGUCCACCAUUUGCCACAGGUUUGCCUCACUACGGUCACCUUUUAGCUGGCACCAUCAAGGAUAUCGUCUGCCGCUACGCCCAUCAAACUGGGCACUGUGUGGAGCGUCGAUUUGGGUGGGAUUGUCAUGGACUUCCUAUUGAGUACGAGAUUGACAAGAAACUCGGGAUUAAGACGUCCCAUGAUGUGAUGGCUCUUGGCAUCGACAAGUAUAAUGACACAUGCCAGAGUAUUGUAAUGCGUUAUUCCGAGGAGUGGCGCAAGACGGUAACCCGCAUGGGACGUUGGAUUGACUUUGAUAACGACUACAAGACGAUGUAUAUGUCGUAUAUGGAGUCUGUUUGGUGGGUCUUCAGGCAGCUAUGGGAUAAGGGUCUCAUCUACCGCGGUUUUAAGGUGAUGCCGUUUUCAACAGCGUGUAGCACGCCACUCAGCAACUUUGAGGCCAAUUCAAAUUAUAAGACUGUGAACGAUUCAUCGGUUUUGGCGAGAUUUCGGACUAGGGAUGAUCCAAACACGUACUUUAUCGCUUGGACAACAACGCCGUGGACACUGCCAAGUAAUUUGGCACUUUGUGUUCAUCCCGAUUUGGAUUAUGUAAAGGUGUUGGAGUCCAAGACGAAGCGACACUACAUUGUGGGUGAGGUGCGUCUUUCAGAGGUCUUUCCAAGCAAGAAGAAGAGUGGUAAUGCGAAUACCGAAGCUCCACCGUACACCAUCGUUAGCCGCAUGAAGGGGAAAGAUCUCAUUGGAACCAAAUACGAACCACUUUUUCCCUAUUUUAAAUCUGUGUAUGGGGAAACCGCUUACCGCGUCAUUGGUGACACGUACGUUGAAACAGAUAGUGGUACGUGUGUUGUGCAUCAAGCGCCUGGAUUUGGUGAGGAUGAUUUUCGGAUAUGCAUCUCCAAUGGUAUUGUUAACAAGGAGAAAGUGUUAUGCCCUGUUGAUGAGAACGGGCGAUUUCAUGCAGAUGUGCAAGAUUUUGCUGGUCGCUACGUGAAGGACACGGAUGAUGACAUUUUGAAGUACUUGGAUGCCAAAGGUCUGCUGCACAGCAAAGGCUCUGUGGCCCACAGCUAUCCCUUUUGUUGGCGAAGUGAGACGCCGUUGAUUUACAAGGCUGUGGACUCUUGGUUUGUUAACGUGGAAUCAAUGCAUGAUAGGCUGCUGGAAGCGAAUUCAAAAACAGAAUGGGUGCCCAACUUUGUUAAGACUCGGCGCUUUUCUAACUGGCUGGAAGGUGCCAAGGAUUGGAAUCUCUCCCGCAACCGCUACUGGGGUACACCCUUGCCCGUUUGGCAUAGUGAAGACUGGGAAGAAGUGGUGUGUGUUGGCAGUGUGAAGGAGCUUGAGGAGCUUUCCGGCGUGACUAACAUCGAAAACAUCCACCGGCAAUUUGUGGAUGGAAUUACAAUUCCUAGCAAGAGGCCAGGCAUGCCUCCGUUACGUCGUGUCGAAGAGGUCUUUGACUGUUGGUUUGAGUCGGGAUCGAUGCCAUAUGCUCAGUCUCACUACCCUUUUGAGAAUAAGGAGGAAUUUGAACAGGGGGGAUUUCCAGCUGAUUUUGUGGCGGAAGGGUUGGAUCAAACCCGGGGGUGGUUUUACACACUGCUUGUUCUUGGCGUCGCACUUUUUAAUACCUCACCAUUUAAAAAUGUCGUGGUAAACGGUCUCAUCCUUGCGGAAGAUGGAAAGAAGAUGAGCAAGCGGCUGAAGAACUAUCCUGAGCCAUCGAAAGUUAUUCAUACACAUGGUGCUGAUGCUUUGCGUAUGUAUCUUAUUAACUCUCCGGUGGUUCGCGCAGAGCCUCUGUGUUUUCGCGCCCAGGGUGUCCGCGGCAUUGUCAAGGAUGUGUUGCUGCCACUUUUCCAUGCCACCAAAUUCUUUAUUGCAAAUGCUAACUACUGUGUUUUGAGUGGUGGAAAUGUUUCGCUGGACGUUGUCAGCACAAAUGAGAUGGAUCGGUGGAUUUUGGCGUCCACUCAAACCCUACAACGAUACGUCAAGAAGGAGAUGGAUGUAUACCACUUGUACAACGUCGUUCCAGGUGUACUUCGAUUUGUUGUGGAUCUGUCCAACUGGUAUGUUCGCAUGAAUCGCCGCCGUAUGAAGAACACCGUGGACCAAGAAGAUCGUUCGCAGGCUCUAUCAACGAUGCUCACGGUGCUCUUCUCCGUUUCCCGCAUCAUUUCUCCCAUUUCUCCGUUUGUGGCAGAGAUGCUGUAUCAGCGCAUCAAGCCGCUUCUUCCUGCGUCACAGCACAUGGAUUCAGUGCACUAUCUCAUGUUUCCCGAGGAAGAUAAGGGAAAACGUGACGAACUGCUGGAACGCGCCAUGAAGCGCAUGAUCGUCAUUGUCGAGCUUGCCCGUGUGCUUCGGGACCGUAUGGUGAUUUCCAUGAAACGUCCUGUGCGACAGGCUGUUAUUGUGCAUCCUGAUCCGGCCUACCUGGAUGAUGUUCGCCGUGUGGUUCAAUACAUUAAGGAUGAGGUUAACGCAUUUGAUGUGGUCCUAUCAUCUGGUGAGGAAUACAUCAUAACACAACUGGAUGCCAAUAUGGAAGCCUUGGGAAAACGUCACCGCAGCGAGGCUCCUCGGCUCCGCAAGGCAGUUCAACAAAUGUCACACGACGAAGUUGCAAGCUUCCUUAAGAACGGAAGGGCAGAAGUGUGCGGAGUCCCCCUCACGUUGGACGACGUCAAAGUUGUUCGCAAGAUUAGGGAUGGAAUUGUCGACUUCGAAAGCAACACCGACAAUGAUGUGGUGGUGCUCCUGGAUAAACGCGAGGAUCAGGCUCUGGUGGAUUCCUGGCGGGCGCGGGAGUUUGUUAACCGCGUACAGCAAUUACGAAAGAAGGCAAAACUUGUGGUAACAGACAUGGUGGACGUGUACUUUGAGUCCGAGGACUUGGAGCUCACAAACUCCAUCCUCAACUGCGCUCAGCAAAUAAAUAUGACCAUUCAGGGAAAAUGGGAUACGAUGAACAAGAUGCCAGCAGCCGCAAAACUUGUUGCUGAGGAAGACAACAACAUUUCUGGCGUUGGUAUCAAGAUUGUCUUCACGGAGGUUUUGGCUUGA